AUGAAAUUACCUCUACUAGCUAAUGAAAGUAAAGGGUGGCGUAAGUUGUCUUUGACAGGAUUCUCAAAGCUUCCGCGCGAGAAAAAGCAAAUCCUCAACUCAUUAAUUCAGCUAUACAGUGUGAAGCUUGUUGAUAAUCUUGGUCAUAUGAGCAUGAAUACAACGUGCAAACCAGUGACAGUGAGCUCGCUCUCAUAUUAUAAUAAUCUACCAGGAAUAUAUACGGCUCUAAGUGGUAUGUAG